AGAAGGAGGAAGUGCAAGCGCAAGCCAGAGGAAGGAGGCAGUCCACCAGCUCUCUCGGAAGAGGAAGGUGCUGACAAGCGGCGCAACAGAUGGCUAAGAACUAACAAGUUAUGUUCAAGAGGCCCAAAUAUGUGGGUCAUCACUUCUGAAGAAAGAAAGAAAUAUGAUAAACAGUUUAACAGCCUUAAGCCAGUUGGGAGUUAUAUUACAGGUGAUCAAGCACGAAUGUUUUUUUUACAGUCAGGUUUGUCAAGUCCGGUUUUGGCUGAAAUAUGGGCUCUUAGUGACCUGAAUAAAGAUGGGAAAAUGGAUCAGCUGGAGUUCUCCAUAGCUAUGAAACUCAUCAAACUGAAACUGCAAGGCCAGUCUUUGCCUAUGGUGCUUCCUCCAAUCAUGAAACAGUCUCCAGCAUUUUCUCCCUUGAUUUCUGCUCGUUUUGGUAUGGGCAGUAUGCCAAAUCUGUCUACGGUGGUGCCUUUGGCUCCCAUGUCCAAUCUGACAUCUGUACCUUCUAUUUCUCCCAUGGUGAUUUCGACCCCAUUGUUGCCUUCUGCCAGCCCUCCAUUAUUGCCAAAUGGAACCUCCAGCCUUCUUCAGCCAUUAACUAUGUCCUACUCUUCCACUUUGCCUCAUUCUAGUUCAUAUACUCCCAUGAUAGGCGGGUUUGGUGGUUCCAACAUUCAGAAAACUCAAUCCUUGAUAGAUUUAGGAUCUAGUAGUUCAAAUUCUUCUUCUUCUACCUCAUUAACUGGCAAUUCACCAAAGACAGGAUCUUUAGAUUGGGCAGUUCCUCAGGCUUCAAGAUUAAAAUACAGGCAAAAAUUUAAUAGCCUUGAUAAAGGAAUGAGUGGAUACCUUUCAGGAUUUCAGGCAAGAAAUGUUCUUCUACAGUCAAACUUAUCUCAGACACAGUUAGCUACUAUCUGGUCUCUGUCUGACACUGACGGUGAUGGACAGCUGAAAGCAGAGGAGUUCAUCUUAGCUAUGCAUUUAACUGAUAUGGCCAAAGCUGGGCACCCACUCCCUCUAACUCUGCCUCCUGAGUUUGUGCCCCCUUCUUUGAGAAGUGGAAAGCCUUUGGAAAAUACUAACUGUGCUCUGCCAACAUAUCAACAGGAAGAAGAACCUCCCCAGAAACUUCCAGUUACCUUUGAGGAUAAGAGGAAGGCCAACUAUGAAAGAGGCAACCUGGAGCUGGAGAAACGGCGCCAGGUGCUCCUUGAGCAGCAGCAGAGAGAGAUGGAACGUAAAGCCCAGAAGGAAAGAGAAGAAAAGGAGCGAAGAGAAAGGGAGAGGAAGGAACUGGAGCGGAAGAAACAACUCGAGCUGGAAAGGCGCUUGGAAAAACAACAAGAGAUGGAGAAACAGAGGGAGGAAGAACGGAAAAAAGAGAUUGAAAAACGGGAGGCAGCUAAACAAGAACUUGAGCGUCAAAGACGGCUUGAAUGGGAGAGGAUUCGUCGUCAAGACCUUCUUAAUCAACGUAAUAGAGAACAGGAGGAAAUUGUGAAGUUAUCUUCUAAAAAAAAGAGCCUUAAUCUUGAACUAGAUGCACUGAAUGACAAAUACCAACAGAUCUCUGGAAGACUAGAAGAUGUUCGUAACAGAAAACAAAAACAUAAAAACGAGUUUGCCAAUCUAGAAAACAAAUGUGAUAUGGGAAUUAUUGAAAUCAAGCAAUUGGAACAACAGCUUCAAGAAUAUCAGAAUAAGCUGAUUGCUCUUGUUCCUGAGAAACAACAGCUGAGUGAGAAAAUAAAUCACAACAAGAUGAGCAACUCUUUUGAUUCACAUCUAAAUUCAGUGCAGAAGAAAUCAUCAGAAAAAGAAGAAUUAUGCCAAAAACUUCAGGAACAACUAGAUACACUAGAAAAAGAAACCACUUCCAAGCUGUCAGAAAUUGAUAUUUUUAAUAAGCAGCUCAAGUGUGAGACUAUGGAUGCUUCUAUUCUUCAGUGCCUUUUAUAUCUGCUAAGCUGUCUCAACAACCUCUUCCUCUUACUUAAGGAACUAAGAGAAACUUACUGCACACAGCAGAAAGCGCUUGAACAGCUCCACAAAAUCAAACACGAAAAAAUUCAAGAACUGGAAAGAAAAAGAACUGAGUUUGUUUUGAAAAAAAGUAUAGAAGAUGAGGCUACACGAAAAGCAAAACAGGAAAAGGAGAACUUGUGGCAAGAAACCAUCAGGAAGGAAGAAGAAGAAAGAAAAAAGCGUCUGAAAGAAGAUCGAAUGCAGGAAAAGAUCCAUGAGGAAAAACAAAGAGCCGAGGAGGCCAUUGCACGAGAGAGGGAGAUCCAGAAACAAAAACUGAUAGAGGAGAAAUUUGAAGAGGAAAGACAAAAUAAACAAACAGGAAUUCUAAGAGAGACUGAACAGCAAAGGCAGAAACAAAAGGCAGAAGAAAAAAAAAGACAGGAGAAGAUUGCAAAAGAAGCUGAGGAAAAGCUUAAACGAUUUGAAGAAGGGAAGAAAAGAAAAGAUAUUUUUAAUUUGCAAGAUUCUGAGAAAUCUGUUUCCCACUUAAAUGAGAAAAACGUAAAUGUUCUUAAACAAACAAAGGGAAAUCUUAAGUCUGUCCUGAAAAAUGAAGGCCAUGCAGUUAGUGCUGCUGAUUCAAAGACAUCAGUAGGCUUUGUGAAUUAUAGAGCUUUAUAUCCAUUUGAAGCCAGGAAUCAAGAUGAGAUAAGCUUCCAUUCCGGAGAUAUUAUUGAGGUUGCUGAGAAAACUGAAGGAGAACCUGGCUGGUUAUAUGGAAGUUUUCAAGGACAUUUUGGCUGGUUUCCAUGCAAUUAUGUAGAGAAAAAACCUGAAAAGGAGAAAGCCGUUUCACUUCCCAAGAAAGCCUUACUUCCUCCGACAGUCUCUGUACCAGCUACUUCAGUUCCUCUAGAAGUACAUUCACCCAGUAAACCAGCAGACGAAGCAGAGUACCAAAAUGUAUCUUUUGCAAAUUUAAAUCCUAGCUCAUGGCAGAAAAAGUCUGCCUUUACUCGCACUGUUUCCCCAGGAUCUGUUUCUCCCAUCCAUGGACAGGGACAAGCUGUAGAAAACAUAAAAGCACAAGCACUUUGCUCUUGGACUGCAAAAAAAGAUAAUCACUUAAACUUUUCAAAAAAUGACAUAAUUACUGUGCUGGAGCAGCAAGAAAAUUGGUGGUAUGGAGAAGCUGGUAGAAGAAGAGGAUGGUUUCCCAAAUCCUACGUGAAGAUUUUGCCUGGAAAUGAAUGCCAAAGAGAGGAACCAGAAGCUGUUUAUGCAGUUAUAAAUAAGAAUCCUUCCACAUCAACUUGUGUUUCAGAAUAUACAGCACUAUAUUCUUAUUCAAGUUCUGAGUCUGGUGAUUUAACUUUCACUGAAGGUGAAGAAAUAAUAGUGAGUCAGAAAGAUGGGGAAUGGUGGACUGGAAGAAUUGGUGAUAGAAGUGGAAUCUUUCCUUCAAACUAUGUCAAACCAAAGGAUCAUGAUACUUCUCCUCCAACUAGCAAAACAGGAACAUUAAAUAAAAAACCUGAAAUUGCUCAAGUUACAACAGCCUACACUGCAUCAGGAACGGAACAGCUGAGUCUUGCUCCUGGACAGCUGAUUGUAAUUUUGAAGAAAAAUUCUAGUGGAUGGUGGCAGGGAGAACUACAGGCGAGAGGGAAAAAAAGACAAAAAGGAUGGUUUCCUGCUACUCAUGUGAAACUGUUAGGUCCCAGCAAUGAAAAGGCUAUGCCAGCUGUUCAUCCAGUGUGUCAAGUGAUAGCAAUGUAUGACUACUCAGCAAACAAUGAAGAUGAGCUCAAUUUUUCUAAGGGGCAGCUUAUAAAUGUACUGAACAAAGAUGAUAUGGAUUGGUGGCAAGGAGAAGUCAAUGGCAUUUAUGGCCUCUUUCCUUCAAACUAUGUGAAGAUGACCGUAGACUCGGAUCCAAGUCAACAGUGGUGUGCUGAUCUUCAGAGCCUUGACACAAUGCAACCCAUGGAAAGGAAGAAGCAGGGUUAUAUACAUGAGUUGAUCCAGACAGAAGAAAAAUACAUGGAUGACCUUCAACUUGUCUUAGAGGUUUUCCAGAAACAAAUGACUGAAGCAGGCUGUCUCUCAGAAGCUGAAAUGGGAUUAAUCUUCGUCAACUGGAAAGAGCUCAUAUUGUGUAAUACAAAGUUAUUGAAAGCCCUUCGGGUGCGUAAGAAGACUGGGGGGGAAAAGAUGCCAGUUCAGAUGAUUGGUGACAUCUUGGCUGCUCAGUUAUCUCAUAUGCAAGCCUAUAUUCGAUUCUGUAGCUGCCAGCUUAAUGGAGCUGCCUUGUUACAGCAAAAAACAGAUGAAGAGCCAGAGUUCAAAGAUUUUUUGAAAAAAUUGGCCUCAGAUUCCCGCUGUAAAGGCAUGCCCCUGUCCAGCUUCCUCUUGAAACCGAUGCAGAGAAUUACUCGCUACCCUCUGCUCAUCAAGAGUAUUCUGGAGAAUACCCCUGAAACUCACCCCGAUCGCAAUAAUCUGAAGCAGGCUCUCGAGCGUGCUGAAGAAUUGUGUUCCCAGGUGAAUGAGGGGGUGCGUGAGAAGGAGAAUUCAGACAGGCUUGAAUGGAUACAGUCCCAUGUCCAGUGUGAAGGACUUGUUGAGCAACUGAUUUUCAACUCACUGACCAACUGUUUGGGACCACGGAAACUUCUGCACAGUGGCAAGCUUUAUAAGACAAAGAGCAACAAAGAACUCUAUGGUUUUCUCUUCAGUGACUUCCUGCUUCUCACCUACAUGGUGAAGCAGUUCGUCUCUACAGGAUCAGAUAAACUGUUCAGCCCCAAAUCAAAUUCUCAGUUUAAAAUGUACAAAGUGCCUAUUUUUCUUAAUGAAGUCCUAGUGAAAUUGCCAACUGACCCUUCUAGCGAUGAACCAAUUUUCCACAUCUCCCAUAUUGACCGAGUCUACAUACUGAAAACAGACAAUAUUAAUGAGAGAACUGCCUGGGUCCAGAAAAUUAAAGGAGCUUCAGAACAAUAUAUUGAAACUGAAAAAAAGAAACAUGAAAAGGCUUACCAAGCUCGAUCACAAAAAAGCUCAGGAAUAGGACGUUUGAUGGUGCAUGUGAUUGAAGCAACAGAAUUAAAAGCCUGUAAACCUAAUGGAAAAAGCAAUCCAUAUUGUGAAGUUAGCAUGGGAUCUCAAAGCUACACUACCAGGACACUGCCAGAUACCUUGAACCCCAAAUGGAACUUUAACUGUCAAUUCUUCAUCAAAGAUCUUUAUCAAGAUGUAUUGUGCAUCACCAUGUUUGACAGGGAUCAGUUUUCACCUGAUGAGUUUUUGGGUCGCACUGAAGUUCCUGUAGCCAAAAUCAGGACAGAGCAAGAAAACAAGGGACCUACAGCUAAACGUUUACUACUGCAUGAAGUACCAACAGGGGAAGUUUGGGUACGCUUUGAUUUACAAUUAUUUGAUCAGAAAACACUUGUUUAAAGGAAGAACAUGUGCUUUAUUUAUAACAGCCAGGACCAGCAUAGAUCAUUGAACUGCUUUUACUGGCACGUUUUACAAGUGGUGUUUUAAUAUAUACUGCUGCAAAAUCAUUUUGCCUGGUCACACGGACAUUGUUUCUCCAAGUAUAUAUUAUUUAGCUCUGUGCUUUGCACUCCUGUGUUGGUGGCAAUCUAUGCAAUAUACUGUAUAUGAGAUAAGACAGUGCCUUUCUUUAUUGAAAGUAAAUAUUUUUACAGUAAAUGCCAGUGUUUAUUUCAGAUUCCUUUUAAGCAUUACCAAGGAAUCUGACCAUUUAAAAUGUUUGAAAUAGCUCCGCUUAGAUUUCAAUGAACCAUAGGAUAUUUUAGUUCUGGGCUAAAAUCAUUCCUCAGGUUCAAAAACUGGAGUCUGGUUGACCCUUAUCUCAGGUACCUCAGGAUAUAAUUGUAGAAGAAGUUUCAGCACUUCAGGAUCCUUUCAAGAUUCUAUAUUGACAAAAAGUGCAGCCUUUUAAAAACUUGCUUCUGUUUUAAAAAGGAAAUAAAAUCUCUCUCUCUCUCCAGUUCUUUUAAUAAUUUUGCAAAUUUACCAAGGUUUUUUGGUGGUAAAUAAGAGAAAUUAUUUUGUCUAAUGUGGGACAUAAUGACAUGGGCUAUGUGACUCAUCUGCAGAAACAAACAACCAAAGCACUCUCUAAAGCAGACAUGUCAAACUUGUGACGUCACGCGACGUAUCAGAGCUUUUUUGCCAUUGCCGGCAAUGGGAUGGGCGCGGCUCCGGUAUGAUGAAACCGGCCCGCGGGCCGGCAGUUUGACACCCCUGCUCUAAAGCCACUGCUUAAGGCAUCAGGAGUCCACAUCCUCUUCAAGAUGGCCCAUCAGUAGCAAUCCCUGGAAAGUGUGUGCAUGUUCAGACAAUAAGGGAGCGGCUUUUGAAGCAGCCAUGCCAAGCCACCCUAAUGCUCAAGCUAUGGCUUCAGAGAACCAUGCUUCCAAAUGAUUGGCCUAAUAAUGUUUUGAAAAGUGGAGUUCCUUGCAGAUCUCAAUAAAACAUGCAGCUAAAACAUGUCCAAGACAAAGAUUCCAAGGAGAAGGAAGUUAAUGUUACCUUGGGCUUUAUAAUAAAUAAGCUGGUGAAUAUACUGUAAUUUCUCUACAUAUUAAUAUGUGGCAUAUUGCUUUUCUUAAGCCAAUUUUAUUGUAUUUUGGAAUGUAAAUGAGUAAGAAAGAAUCUAGGAAUGAAACCGUGCAAAAUUAUCAAUGCUUUAAAACCAGUUACAUUUACUAUCGGAAUUGCUAUAUAGGAUUUUAUGGAAUUUAAUAUUCAAGUCAAGAGUAUUCAUCCAAACUCCUCUGGUAUGGCUUUACUAAUAGAGCCUGAGCACAGCUAGUUUUUAUUUAUUUGCAGAAAAAUUUAAAUGUGCUGCUAUUGAGCCAUGCUCUUUAUUGUGAAGGGUUCCUCUUUAUAGAAUGUAAGGGUUGAGUAAGAGCUGUAUAUUUUGAAUAUGCAUCUCAGAUAUAUAUGUAUUACUUUUAAUUUAAAACAAUGAGUGAAAUUGUAUGCCUUAAGUGCUGCCUUUCCAUACAGCUAAGUGAACUGCAAACCUGAGAAACAGUUUUCUGAAAUGCAUUUUUAUUAAUAUGAAAUAAAAAACGUUAUGUUC